UGUUUGUGUGUGUUUUCCGAAGAAAAGCAGCGAAAUAAAGAUAAUGAAUGAAUAACUUUAAUAAAAAAAACGUGGUAACUCAUCCGUUACCCGGUACCGGGAGUGUGUUAACGGUGUGAGCGGCGCACGCAGCCUCCUCGGUGGGCAGAGAGCUCAGCGCUUUGUUGGGCGGAGCGUUAGCUGCUAGCGGCGGCUACUUCCAGGUAACAACAGCUCACAUGUCUGCUCUGGUCAGUUAACAGCAGUCUCACCACAUGGAUCCCGGAGGAAGUGAACUGGACUCCAGCCUGCCUCAGCCCGAGAACCCGUGUCUGAUCGUGGAGGACUCCCAGCCGGACAGCGUCGCUCUGGAGGACGAUCCCGAGAGCAGCUACCGAGCUCUGCUGGCCCGCCGCCUGUCCAGCCUGCAGCCCGCCGCCCGCAGCCCGGUUCUGGAACUGAUAUCCUCCCCACUUGGAAGCAGAUGCUCUCAGACUGACAGCCAAUCAGAGAGCUCCCAGAGUAACAACCAGGCUGAACCCGGCAUUCUCAUGGCGACCAACCCCAGUUCAGCUUUCCAGGAGGAGAGUCAAGUUCUGAACAUUUGCCCUCCUCCCAACAAAAACAAGUGUGACGACACUGAUAUGGAGUCUGGAGCUGAUUCUACCACACACUGCAUUCAGUCUGAAGAGGGAACAUCUCAGUUUGGUUUUCUCGAGCUUUCUCAGAGUCAGGAUCUGCGCGGUGAAGCUGUGAACAGUCGGGAGGAAGACAACAGCGUACGUCAGCCAGACAGCGAGACACGCACCAAAUCAGCAGAGCAGAACAUCAACCCCAGGACUUCAGAGAGUCGGGACAACAAAGCAGUGAGAUCGGAGGUGAGCUCCAGCAGCUCGUUGGAGUCUCCGGGUCAGUCGGGCAGGAAACUGAGCGUCCAGGCUCUGCUGCACUCACAGGGCCUGCAGGCCUCUGGUGAGCAGAACCAGCAGGACUGUGAGAUCCUAUCCUCCCAGGAGGACAUGUUUGAUGCUGACAAGACAGGUGCCGCAGUAGACAGCACAGUGUCUGAGCCGGAGCAGCAGGGUCACCCCACCCCAACACCGGCCAGCACCCUGCGACUGCUGCACCUGUCAGGACAGGGAACACUGGUGCAGGAAAGUCUCUCCCAGAGCUCUGUUGACUAUGUUGCCCCCACCCCAGACAACUUCACCCACACCCCUUUAAUUGUUCCCAGCUCACCAACUGAACCAGAGAGUGAACACGGUGCUGAUGAACCCAUGGAUACUUCACUGCCCCCUGAAGAAAGAGCAGGGGGAAAGGAAGAGCCAAUGGAAACAGAAGCUGCCUCAAAGCCACACCCAUCCGCCUCUACGCCGGUAUCCCAGAAUUCACCUGGUUUUGUGUUAGAGCGAACUCUCUCUUUACCGUCCCAGCCAGAGUUCUCUCAUGACGUGUUUGUCCCAACGCAAAGUCAGGAGGCACCACAACAGUCAGAUAAGAAGACGACAUCAUUGCCUCGCGAGACACAGUCUCAACGUCUGGAGUCAGCUCCUUUCACUUUGCCUUUGCAGCUCUCUGUGAACACGGAGAGCAGUAGCCAAGCUAAGCAGACCUCACAACAUGCUGAGGAGGACAGCCAGGCCACGCAGAUAGAGGAACUGGACGAGCCGCCCGGCGUCGACACCAGCGACUCUGUGAAUUCACACUGCGAUCAGAAGAGCGAGAGCAACAGCGUCCCUUCAGGGUCACAAACUGCCACCAGUUCCAAAGCUUCCACCUCUGCUGGCUCGCCAAAGCAUGGCAGCGAAUGUGCCAAGAACGAGCAGCCCAAGUCCAGUCUGGCGCAAAAGUCUGAUAUGCACAAUAAAACAGCAACUUCUUUGAAUGUACAAAGUGUGAAUGUAAAAAACAGUAAGAGUGACAGCAAAGAGGCGAGCUCUGCUGACGUUGUGUCCUGCUCUCAACCAAAGUUUGAUUCCUCUGAUCUGACUGUUAACAGCUGUGUGCAGGAGACUCCCUCGGACACUACACCCUGCAGUUUGCCCUCACAGUCUAUGAUCUCUCAGACAUCUGCUGUGGAUGUGGUGAAGGGUUCAGUAGAUGUGAGAGGAGGAGGAGGAGCUGCAAAGAGUCAGUCCGUACAAUCAUCAUCAUCAUCAUCAUCAUCAUCAUCAUCACAGAAGUGUGGAACUGUUGGUAACAAAACAGUCAAAGGUACGACGGAUGGAUGUGAGCAGGGUGAAGCAGAGGGGGAGGAGGUGAUGGAGGAGGGGGACAGCACAGUGGGAGGCGGGGCCUCAGGAAUGGCUCUGUUUCUCUCCCAGAGCCAGCUGUUGUCUCCUGAGCCAAUGGACGAGGAGAGUGAAGACAGAGGAGAGGACAGUGUCAUCGUUGUUACAGACAGCGACAGAGACUCUCAGAUCCUUCAGAAAGAUGUGACGCCACAGUCAAAGACCAACAGUUCCCAGCCAAUCAGAGGCAAGGUGUCCGUCUCCACCAACGGCCAUGAGUCCCAGGCUCAGGCCAAAAAGGUGCACUUGGCUCCCGAUAGGCUGUCCCAGACUGAGAGGACGGGUCCUGAACCAGAGGGUCUCAAAGACAAGAGCCUGAGUGAUAGCUCGGGAGAAAUUUCCUUCCACUUCACACUUCCUAAAGAAGGGGAGCUGAUUGGGCCUGUUGUCGGUGCCACUCCCCCUCUAAUCAACCAGCUGAAGCAGACGCUAAGACACAGCACUCCCAUUGAGAUCACUUCCUUUUCUGAGAAGUCAGGCGUGGUGGGUGAUGUCUCUGCAGAUGUGGCAAUGGCAGCCAGCGACAUUGUGUCGGGGGACAGCGGGGAGGACACGGCGGAAAAGGGAGACGGGAAGCUGAGUUUGAGGAUGAAGCUGGUGACUCCCGUCGAAGAGGGCAGCUCGGAGCGCUUCAGCCUGCAGAAGCCAGCACUAUCAGAGGAGGAUGGAUCUGUGGUAAAGACUUCCUCUGUUGCCAAGGCUGUAACCAGCCCGUCAGUGUUCAGUCGUGUCAGGCAGGUGCACAGACAGCAAGAUGCAGAGGAGGACAGCCAGGCCGGAGGCAACACCACACCUGUCAGAGGGGAGCUGUUCGCCUCACCACAGAGGAGUUCCCAAGCGUCUUCGCUGGGGUGCAACAGCCUUCCCAACAGCCAAUCAGAGCCUUCACAACAGGAGGUGUUGGCAGCACCGCAGGAGACCCCGAAGGAUCCUCCCGGCCCUGCACAGCAGUCCGAGAAUAGGCGAGGACCACCUGGAGCUCCAGAGCCGCCCACACCAAUCAGGACAGAUGCCAGACAGAGAGUCUCCCAGCCGCCCUUUGACAGCAUCAUCACCUCCAGUCCGUCCAAUAAGCUCCGUCAGCGGACAGUGUCCCAGCAGACCAGCUUCGAUGCACCGGGGCUGCGCUCCCCAGCUGGCAGGGGUGAACGAGAGUCUCCGUCCUUUAGAAGAACCACAGGCCCCUCCCACCGCAGACACGUGCGCACCAUCCAGGAAGUGCGGACCACCAUCACGCGGAUCAUCACAGACGUGUAUUAUGAGGACGGCAAAGAGGUGGAACGUAAAGUCUCAGAGGAGAGUGAGGAGCCAGUGGUGGACUGUCAGGUGAUGGACAGCGAUAUCUCCCCGUGCCGCACAGGCAGCAGCUCCGUGACCUCUGGUGACCUCGGUGACAUCAGCUCUCUGUCGUCCAAGGCCUCCAGCCUGCAGCACAGCUCCGGAGGAACCAGCAGCAGCAUCGGCUUCAGCAGGCCGGACUUCAUCAUGCCACCCAGCAGAGGGGCCAGAUCCAUCAGUCCCAGGAGGGGAGGUGGGCAUCAACAGAGGGGUCACAGGGGUCACAGGGCAGGGUCAGUGGUCACAAUGGACAGAGGCUACGGCACCCCGGGGUCCCGGGGCUUCGUCCCACUGAGCCCCAGAGGAAGGGCUAGAAGGGGGCGACCCCCGUCCCGCUCCUUCCUGUCCAGGGGAGGUGGCAUUGGCUCCCUGCAAAGGCUCGGUGCUUACGGCCAGCCACAGUCCUCCUCAGAGGACGAGCCCUACACCCGCAUGCUCCCCCCACGCAUCCCCAUCAGCCCCACAGACGCCGAGCACCCCAGCCACUCCGACUCCCUCAGGUCAUCGCCGGAGGAGGCGAGCUCGACCGGAAGCAGCUUCGUCGGCCUGCGGGUGGUGGCCAAGUGGUCGUCCAAUGGCUACUUCUACUCGGGCCGCAUCAUCAAAGACGCCGGGGAGGGGAGGUUCCGCCUGCGGUUUGAUGACGGCUACGAGUGCGAGGUGGCGGGGAAGGAUAUCCUGCUGUGUGAUCCCAUCCCCCUGGAGACGGAGGUCACGGCUCUGCUGGAGGACGAGUACUUCAGCAUAGGCAUUGUGAGGGGCCAUAAAACAGAGGGGCAGGAUCUGUUCUACAGCAUUGAGAAGGACGGCCAGAGGCAGUGGUACAACAGGACCGCCGUCAUCCUGUCUAUGGAGCAGGGAAACAAGCUGAGGGAGCAGCACAGCCUCGGGCCCUACGAGCCCUCCACUCCCCUGACCAAGGCCUCCGACAUCAGCCUGGAUAACCUGGUGGAGGGGAAGCGGAGGCGCAGAGGGGCCCCCGGGGGUGAGAACACUCCCAACCGCAGCUCCUCCAGCAGCCCCCGAACCCCCGGCCCCUCCGGCAAGAGGAAGCUGAUGACCUCCGAGGACGAUAGGACGCCGGCCAAGAGAGGCCGCAGGGGGCCAGGCGCCAGAGCCGCUCAGCGGGUCGGUGUGUGUAACACGUCUGGCAGCGGCACAGAUCUCCCCGGUCAGUCAUGUGAUGUGGCCGACACUCACGGUCCGCUGCCCCACAACGCGUCCCUCUUCAUGGGCUUCGCCUUCAUGCUGACCGCCUCGUCUGAGAUCGACCGGCUCACCAACAAGCUCACCAGCGACGAAGAGGAGGAUUACGUGCAGACAGGUCCAUAUAACAAAGCAUACACAGAGUCCCAGCUGCAGGCAGGUGGAGGCUUCAUCCUGCCAGACUUUAAUGAAGAACAGUGUAAGGCAGCUUACCAGAGCCUGCUCAUUGCAGACCAGCACUGUCGUACGAGAAAGUACUUGCUGUGUUUGGCCAGCGGUGUGCCGUGUGUGUCGCACAUCUGGGUGCGCGACUGCUGCAAAGACAACAAGCUGCUCAACUACAGGAACUACCUGCUGCCUGCUGGCGUGGGGCCAGAUGAGGCCAUAGUAGAAUGGCAUCCUCGCUGCAGCCCGUUCAAGGCUCUGCGGGUCCUUCUGGUGUUUGAGAAGCCGGUGGAGCUUUGGGCACAGUUGAUCACCAUGGGUGGAGGUUCCUCUGUCCGACAGUUCCAGACAGACAAGGACAGUUCAGACAUUCCUGCUGGCAAGUAUGAUGUUGUGGUGACAGACCAUGCCUGUCCACCACUGGUAGAGAAAAAUGUGACAUCACAGGAAGUCCCGCUGGUGUCUCCCGAGUGGCUCAUCCAGAGCGUCAUCUGCGGCGAGCGCCUGGGUUUCCAUAGCAAGCCUCAGUAUCGCCACGACUACUCCUCCUCAUAAUCUGACUCCACAUGUGCAAAAUGCCUUCGACCAUGUUAAAUGUUCAGCAUUAGUUCUGUUGCAUGCCUCUGCUGUAUAUAACUUUAUCCUGUCUGUUUUUAUGGGAUAAUAAAUUGUGACCCUUGUUUCAUUUUAA